AAGAAGUGUCUUAUUCUCGAUUUGGAUGAGACACUUGUUCAUUCAUCCUUCAAAUACUUGAGAACAGCGGACUUCGUAAUUCCAGUAGAGAUCGACAAUCAAGUUCAUCAUGUUUACGUGAUAAAAAGACCAGGUGUAGAUGAGUUCUUGAAAAAAGUAGGGCAGUGGUUUGAAGUCGUAGUCUUUACAGCUUCGGUGCUGAAAUAUGGAGAUCCUUUACUUGACAAAUUGGAUUUCCACAAAGCUGUACAUCAUCGUUUAUUCCGUGACUCCUGUUACAACUACCAGGGAAAUUUCAUCAAGAAUUUGUCGCAGAUUGGAAGACCUUUGAGCGACUCGAUUAUUAUUGAUAACUCGCCAGCUUCCUACAUCUUCCAUCCACAGCACUCCAUUCCUAUCUCCAGUUGGUUCAGCGAUACCCACGACAACGAGUUGAUAGAUUUGUUACCGUUCUUGGAGGAUAUCUCAAAGGCUAAUGUCGACGACGUCGGCUUGGUUCUAGACAUCACAUUAUAGAGAAGAGAAUGAUUAUAAUUGCAUGAUUAUACUCCGUCUUUAAAUUAACAAGACCAUUCUCUUGUUUGCAGGAUUAGUAUAUCAUUAUAGUCUGCUCUUCAACAGGACUACUAUGUCUUUGUUUUUACGCAAGACUAGUAUAGCAGUAUAUUCUUUCCCUACAGCAGUAUAAUACCUUUAUACUCUGUUUCACAAGACUGGUAUACCUUUAUACUCUUGAUUACAGCACUUAUAUCUAGUCUCGUUUCUAACUAGACUAGCACUACUCUUGUUCGCAUAAGCAGGACUUAUGUACCGUUGUCACCUUUGCACGUAUGGUCGUUUACGACACUUGUACCUGGGCUGUCGAGAAUCAUCAAUCCCACGCUUAUAGAGUCAAAAGAUUCGCGGUUCACAUUAAUAGAAGAUAGACAGCCCAUCAUUGUAAUUCUAUAUUUUAAUACAUAAUACUUGCAAG